CGGAAGGGGAGAGGAGAGGAGAGGAGGAGGAGGCAGUCUCCCGCGACAACCAGGUCCAGAGCCACGCGAUUGCGCUGCGCUUGCGUUUGCGCGCGACCGAGUCCUUGCUUUUACCAUACCCAACACGCGGAAAUCGACGUUGUUAUAUUCGCCGCUCGCCUUGAACUCCCUCCUGCUCUUCCUCCUUGGCGUGCUGCUGCUCCUCCUCCUCCUCCUUCCUCUUCUUCCUCUUGCCCAAUUCUUCCGAUUUGUCCGCCGAGGGGCUGGAUUGCCGCGGAAUCUGAGCACAGAGAGGCUUCAAUUCAAGAUGAGCGGGAGGAGAUCGUUCUUCGCCUCUAACAGGAAGAAGUCCGGCGGUGGCCGCGGGAGCAGCGGCGGCAACCCGUUCGACUCCGACUCCGACGACGGCGGGAGGGAGCAGAGGCCGGCGAGGGCCUCCUCCGUGCCUCCCCCGGCCGACCAGCAGCGGGGCUCCCUCCUCGGCGGCGGCGCGGAGGGCUUCUCCUCCUCCUCCUCCUCGGCGGCGGCGGCGGCGAGGAGCCGGUACAGGAACGACUUCCGCGACGCCGGCGGCGUGGAGGCGCAGUCGGUGCAGGAGCUGGAGGGCUACGCGGCGUACAAGGCGGAGGAGACCACGCAGCGCGUGCAGGGCUGCGUCCGCAUCGCCGAGGAGAUGAGGGAGACCGCGUCCAAGAGCCUUGUCACCAUCCACCAGCAGGGCCAGCAGAUCACCCGCACGCACAUGAUGACCCUCGACAUCGACCAGGAUCUCUCCAGGAGCGAGAAGCUGCUGGGUGAUCUUGGGGGUAUAUUUUCCAAGAAGUGGAAGCCAAAGAAGAAUGGUGAAAUUAGGGGGCCUAUGCUUACUAGAGAUGAUUCCUUCAUUCGGAAGGGCAGCCAUUUGGAACAGAGGCAGAAACUGGGUCUAGCUGAUCACCCACCUCGAUCGAAUGCACGCCAAUUCCAUUCUGAGCCGACUUCAGCCCUCCAGAAAGUGGAGAUGGAGAAGGCAAAGCAGGAUGACGCCCUAUCUGAUCUUAGUAACAUAUUGACCGAGCUGAAAGGCAUGGCAGUUGACAUGGGCUCUGAGAUUGACAGACAAACGAAGGCUAUGGGUGAUUCAGAGAAGGACUACGACGAACUGAACUUCAGGAUCAAGGGAGCAAACACUCGGGCUCGCCGUCUGCUUGGAAAAUAAACUGCUGAAUGUUGUUAUAUCAGGAGUCCUUCCAUCCCUUUGUCUUUUGGAGCUUAAUUAAUUGUUUUCUGGGCCAUUGAUUCUGAUGAUUCUGUGCAUCAGAUUUUGAUCAGUAUGGUUGGAUAUGUCAGGGUAUACAUUAUCUGUAUAUAAUGCUAGCUAGUAUUACUUUGUGCCACUGUUUUGGAUCAUUUGCAAUGUUUCAAAUCGCAUUAGCAUCAAUAAAUUUGCAAUUGAUUCGAUGCCU